AUGAACUUGUGGCUCCUGGUUUGCCUGGUGGCCAGCCUCAUGGGUGCCUGGUCUACUGUCCACACUCAAGGUGUCUCUGAGGACUGCUGCUUAGCCUACCACCACCGUGCUAGGCCCCGCCUGCUCAUGCGUGCCCAGGGCUACCAGCGCCAGGAAGUGAGCGGGAGCUGCAACCUGCCUGCUGUGAUAUUCUUCUUCCCGAAAAACAAGAUGCUGUGUGUGAACCCAAGAGUCAACUGGUUGCCAAAUGUGUUUAAGUUUCUGGAUAAUCGGAACAACACCCACUCAAAGCAGCACCUAGGCUCCCGGAGAAACCUCCAAGACUCCCAUCUGGGAGGUCAGAGGUCGAACACUGGAAUGUCCAGGCUAGCACACUCCAAGUCCAAGUCCAGCAGGUCCACCAGAAGCAACAAGAAGAAAACUUCCUUCCUGAACAUGGCUAAUCCAGGACCGUGA